AUGGACAUAUAUUCUCACAUAUUUUUCAGAACAGUUAAUCCAAGACCAAUUCCAAGGAAUGUAGCCAUUGAUAUCCCUAAAAUACCUACAAGAACAGCAGGUACAACAAGAGAACCCCAUCCUUUAGCCGUAGCCAUUCCACAGGCUGUUGUGGGUCCCCCAACAUUGGCAUUUGAGGCCAAGAGCAACAACUUCUUAUCAAAACCGAGGAGUUUCCCAACACCAAGUAUCAAAGAUAGAUGUAUAAACAAUUGGAUAGAAGCAAAGGCAAGGAUACUUGGUGCUGUGUUUACCACAUUCCACACACUACCAUUCGCUCCAAUGACAGUGAAGAACAGCUGCAUACGCAUUUUGGAAAUGUUUAACACAGUGUUGAAAAAAAGAUAA